GCCGCACGCCACCGGCAUCUUGCUUUUUCUUCCUCCUCCCCCCGUUGUAGCCCUCGCCUCUCCCUCCUAUCCUUUUAUUCCCGGCCCCACCUGCCAAAAUGAACAGCUCCGACGAGGAGAAGCAGUUGCAGCUCAUCACCAACCUAAAGGAGCAAGCAAUAGGCGAAUAUGAAGACCUUAGAGCAGAGAACCAGAAAACAAAGGAGAAGUGUGACAAAAUUAGGCAAGAGCGAGAUGAAGCUGUUAGAAAAUUGGAGGAAUUUCAGAAAAUUUCUCACAUGGUUAUAGAGGAAGUUAAUUUUAUGCAGAACCAUCUUGAAAUAGAGAAGACUUGUCGAGAAAGUGCUGAAGCUUUGGCAACAAAGCUAAAUAAAGAAAAUAAGACACUGAAGAGAAUCAGCAUGUUAUAUAUGGCCAAGCUGGGACCAGAUGUAAUAACUGAAGAGAUAAGCCUCGACGAAGAAGACUCUGCGGUGGACCGGGAGCCCACUGCGGAGACGUGUGUCUCGGUGCAGUGUCAGAGGCAGAUCAAAGAACUUCGAGAUCAAAUUGUAUCUGUCCAGGAGGAAAAGAAGAUACUAGCCAUUGAACUGGAAAAUCUCAAGAGCAAACUUGUAGAAGUAAUUGAAGAAGUAAAUAAAGUUAAGCAAGAAAAAGAUGUUUUAAAUUCAGAAGUUCUUGAACAGAGAAAAGUCUUAGAAAAAUGCAAUAGAGUGUCCAUGCUGGCAGUCGAGGAGUAUGAGGAAAUGCAAGUAAACUUGGAGCUGGAGAAGGACCUUCGAAAGAAAGCAGAGUCAUUUGCACAAGAGAUGUUCAUUGAACAAAACAAGCUAAAGAGACAAAGCUGUCUUCUGCUCCAGAGCUCUGCUCCUGAUCAACAGCUUUUGAAAGCUUUAGAUGAGAAUGCAAAACUCACCCAGCUCCUUGAAGAAGAAAGAAUUCAGCAUCAACAAAAGGUCAAAGAAUUAGAAGAAAAACUAGAAAAUGAAACACUCCACAAAGAGAUACACAACCUCAAACAGCAACUGGAGCUUCUAGAAGAAGAUAAAAAAGAAUUGGAAUCGAAAUAUCAGAAUUCUGAGGAGAAAGCCAGAAAUUUAAAGCAUUCUGUGGAUGAACUCCAGAAACGGGUGAACCAGUCUGAGAAUUCCGUGCCUCCGCCACCUCCUCCGCCACCUCCACUCCCCCCUCCUCCCAACCCCAUCCGAUCCCUCAUGUCCAUGAUCCGGAAGCGGUCCCACCCCAGCGGCAGUGGUGCUAAGAAAGAAAAGGCAGCUCAACCAGAAACAACUGAAGAGGUCACAGAUCUGAAGAGGCAAGCAGUCGAAGAGAUGAUGGACAGAAUUAAAAAGGGAGUUCACCUUAGACCGGUUAAUCAGACAGCUAGACCCAAGGCCCAGCCAGAAUCUUCCAAAGGCUCUGAGAGUGCAGUGAAUGAAUUAAAAGGAAUACUGGGGACACUUAACAAAUCCACUAGUUCAAGAAGCUUAAAAUCCCUUCACUACACUGAAAGCAGUGAAACUGAGUUAGAAAGGAUUUUGCGUCGCAGAAAGGUGACAGCAGAAGCAGAUAGCAGUAGUCCAACCGGGAUAUUAGCCACCUCAGAGUCCAAAUCCAUGCCAGUGUUGGGUUCUGUAUCCAGUGUAACAAAAACAGCCUUGAACAAGAAAACUCUGGAGGCAGAAUUCAACAGCCCGUCCCGCCCAGCACCUGAGCCAGGUGAUGGGCCGUGUAAAUUGGAAGGCGGCACACGUUCCAAGGUUACAUUUCAGCCUCCCAGUAACACUGGAUGGAGGAGACAGUACAUUGGCAGUGAAAAACAAGCUAAACCAGUUGUAGUUUUAGAUCCUGUUUCCACACAUGAACCCCAAACCAAAGACCAGGUUGCCGAAAAAGAUCCAAUUCAACGCAAGGAUGACGAAGGCGAAAUUAAACCAGAAUACAAAGAAGACAGCGCUGAAAAAAUAAGAGACACAGACAGCUCCAACUGCUGAUCCGUAACCCAGAAGGCUGACAUUUUCGGGAGCCCUUUCCAAAAUGCACAUGAUUAGCUUUGGUGUAUUGGCAAGCGCUCCAGACAUUCUGUUCUUAUCACUGUAUUCAAAUAGAGGUUCAUUUCUGAUGUCACUUUUGUAAGUAGACUACCUAUAAACAUAAGUAAGCUGUUUAGCAAAUUACACAUGCUGUGUAGUUUUUCUUUUUUAAUAUUUAUAGGGAUAAGGUUUUUUUCUAAUUACUGGAUCAAGUGUGACUUUUUUUUAGAGGGUUACAAACAAUUCAGAUGUUGCUAUUUUUUUAGUUAAUGUGCAUACCACUCUUCAAAUGUAAUGCUGAAAGUUUGCAGUGCUGUGCAUAAUUGGAUAAACAGAACUGAAUAACUUAAGAUGAUUUUAAAAGCCCCCAAAUAAGAUGCUUUUUGCAUCUCAUCCUGUCUUGAUGGAGAAACUGCAGUAGCACAGGAAUUGUGAAGCGCUGUGGCACACAAAUUACUUUCUAGGAUAUACCGAGAUAAACUUAAAAUUCAGGAGCCGGCAUCAAACCAGUAGUCCCACAGGCAGUGCUAAUUACACACAUAGUCACCUGUGGGAUGAAAACUACCUGCUAUUGAUCGUGUCCAAAGCCUCGCAAGGACUUUUGGGGCAGUGCUCUGGUGGCCUGAAUGCAGAACUGAGGUGACGGUCUAAUCCUUGAAUUGAAGAGGGCAUUAUCUCGGUAAACCGUGUGCUCUGUGCUAUGAGUUCAUUGUGUUUUCUCAUGUACCAAGCACCGUAUUUUAUCCCAGCUCUUAUUUUCUUGCUUCUCUGCCAUUCUACAUUAUGUAGGUUUGUUGUUGGGUUUUGUUUUGUUUUGUAAGAAAUGAAGUGGUAGUCAGUCUAAAAAUACAUUGUUUCCGUCUACCACAGUGAAUAAAUAGAAAUGUAAUCAGGGAUUUAAAAAAACAAACUUAUGCAGUUUCAAAGUUGAUUGUUUCAAAAUUGAUGUUUAUUUCAAAUAAGUGGUAAUGUACUUGAAUGCAUUUUUUUAUGACAGUGAUUCAGUAAUGGUAAUUUUACUAUUAAAGAAAGUGAGCGGUUUAGUUUCGUUAGCGUAGCUCAGCAUGUAGCUGUCAGGUGUUUCUCACCGAAGGGCAAAAGAAAACGGUAGUAAUAAUUGCAGUAGUUGUAUUGUACUUUAUUUUUGCACGUGUGCUAAGCAUAGGCUUGAAGAGGUGGGUAGGCAGGUAAAUGUACUUCCUGAAUUUGGAGAUAAUUAUCUCUCUGUAGGUUCGUUAUGCUUGACUGUUUCCAUGUUCUUCCAGUGACAAGUUGACAGUUUCUUACCAGUUUACUCCUGGGAAAUGAAAAUGUAAUGUUUUCCACUGUAACUUUCCCUAACUGAAUAAUACUGCUAUAUGAUACACUGAUUACAAACUGCAUUAAUUCACUUGAACAAGUUUUGUUAUGCUGUGAUUUGAACUCUCUUCCCCACACUUAUUAAAAAAAAACAC